CGUAACUUUUUUUCUCCUAAAAAGGGAAAAAUGCGAAAUUCUAGGAUAUUUCAUGAAUUUAUACCGAUGAAAAGCAAUAAAUUGAUUUUAACAUGCCUACGUGUAUUCAUCAACACUUAGUUCACAUUACCAGUGUAUAAAUUAAAUAAGGAACUUGACGAUAUGGAUGAAAAAUGAAAUAAAGUAUGAAAAAAAGUUCAGCCCAAACCCGGAAGUGAAACAUGAUACUUGGAAGAGGAAUAUAAUCUAAGAAAAGAAGAUCGCACUUAUGUCGAGUUAUGUGGUAGAUACAGAAAUAUAAGAUCAACCAUAUCCGGAGUAAAUAUGGGUUCUAAAUGCCUGUUUGUCUCUAAAAAGUUCCAUUGUGGAAUAUUUGAAGAAUUAAAUGAAAUGCGAAAGAAUGGAGAAUUUUGUGAUAUCACUGUUGUGUCGCAGGAGAAAAUAGAAUUCAAAGUGCAUGGUGUUAUACUUGCAAGUGCUAGUGAUUACUUCAAAGCACAAAUUGUCGAACAAGAUGAAAUUAUGGCAUCAAGCGACACAGACCCUGUAACUUUGAGUAAAGGAAAAAUGAUCGAGCUUUGUACAGUAUCAUUUGAUAUAUUAUAUGUGAUAGUUGAUUUCUUGUAUACUGGAUGUUGUGAAGUGUACCCAUAUAGAAUAAAAGCAUUACACGAUGCAUCAUUACUGCUGGGAAUAACCAAACUGACUCAACUAUGCAGACUCUCAUUAACGAAACCAGGGUUGAAGGAACUCAAUCAUGAAAUGGAACCUGGAUUAUCAACCCCUGACCCCUGGAUCAGUAAAACAGAAUCUCAUGUCUCUAGCUCGAUAGAUCAACAAGAACCAUUGGAUUUAUCAUCAUCUGUAAAUGCACGUCUAAAAGCAAAAAUACUAGAUAAUGCCCAAAGGGAGUACAAUAAAAGUCUGGAACAACCUGUCAUUAAAAGUGAACCCUCGAGCCCUGAGGUGCAACAUCAUGUGUCUUCCCCAUAUCAGAUAGAAUCUCCAUCCUUGGAUCAUUUUGCUCAAACAUACCAAUCUUCGCCUUUACUAUUGCCAUCUUCAUAUGGAAAUUACCCAGGUGCUACUGUCCAUGAUGACAAUCUGUCAAAUGAUGCUACCCCUACAACUGAAAAUGACUUUGUUUUUCCACCUUUACAAAUGGAUCCUUCGUGCCAUACAAAUAGCCAAUAUAGGGAAUUAUAUACCCAGAAAUCCAGAUCAGUGGCAGCAAAUCCUUUACGCAAACGCAAUCAGAGGAUUAAGCGACGUAAAAUGGUUGCAUUAAUCCCACCAGAUGGGCAACAUUAUGUCGGGAAAUCUGGUCUCGCAAAAACAGUUCUCUGUGGCUUAGAAUACUCUGUUGAUAAACAUUCAGCUGAAAAUCAAAUGAAAAUGCAAUUUGUAUCUAGCUCUGGUCUGGAGCCUGGGCCUAAUCAAGAACCUAGUAGUACAGUGUCAACCCCAGAAUUGCCCCCUACCGGCUCCCCACCAGAGGAAAAACUGGAACUUCGGCAGAUAUAUGUCCCUGAUAGUGUCCCUGGUGUUGUACAGUUUAAGCUAAAGAAGGCUAAGAAUCAGGGAGAAACAAAAUUAAAAAAGAUCAGAAAGAAACGAGGUCCUGAUGGCCAGCCAUCAUGGGAGGGUAUGAAAGGUAUGAUGGCAUCAUUUAAAUUAUCACGCAAGAAGAAGUGAACUAAACAGCCAUAUAAAGUAUGAUAUUACUAAAUACUAUACAGUGCCUUGGGGAAUUUUUUAUAACAAUAACAUUCGUCAGAGAGAACAACACUUUUGUGUUAAUCACAUCACAGUAAUUAUAGAGCCUAGAUCUCAUGGAACAAAUUCAUAGAGCCAACAGUUUUAUUGACAUCAUCACAUAAUUAACUGACAUCUGAUGAGUCAAGCUGACAUCUAAUGACACGAGCAAAACCUGUUAUAAAUGGAAUUUUAGUGUUUGAUUACCCUUUAUGCAGGUCAGGUACGGUAUAUUGUAACUGUCAAAAUGAUAUUUGUAUAUUUUGGAUUGGAAUGAUAUUUAGUGGAUUGUUGUACAAAGUAGCUUCUAAUAUAUAGGGUUUUAACAAGGGGUAGGAAAACUCAGAUAUAGGUCAUAGGGUUGUUUUAGGUUAGAUAAUAACAGCAUGAUAUAUGACUAGUCAUUUCCUAAUACAACUAUAUUUCUCAAUUGAUUUCAACUUGAUGAAAAAAUUUCUACUCCAAUGGCAAUUUAUUGAGUGUGACUUUUUGUAGAUGGUGAUAUUGUUUGAAUGUGUGAGUGUUAAAAAUAAUCUCUAGUCAGUUCUCAGACGAGCGCUAGUCAAUGUACAUACAUAAUGAUUAUAUCCAUUAAUAGAAUACUUUGAUUAUAACAUAACAUUGUUUAAAUGAAGCGAUGCGAUGUCAAACAAAAUAGCAUUUUUGUCUGACAUUUUUUCAUUUCUCUUAGAGCAAAUGUUUAAUUCAUAUGUUUAAUUCCAUCUUCGAGAAUGGUUCUUGACCCAGCUCAUGGAAAGAAUUGGACCUUGGACCAAGUAUGGUUAAGGUUUUAAGGUUUAAUUCAGAAGAAUCAUAUGUGGUAUAUUCACAUUAAAAAAUCAAUAGUGCCAUGGAUACCACAUUUAAGUGGUCCUUGACUUUUUUGAUCCUGAAAUAGAAAAUCAAGUGACAGCAAUUAAGAACACAAAUUCAAUAUCAGAAUUUAUUAGAAAUGAUAAUGGGAAUGCUAAAUAAUUGUUGCAUGAUGAUGAAAUAGAUAAGAACCUGAACUUUUUUAGAAAAUAGACAAAACAAGAAAUACAUAAGCAAAGAAUAUUUGUGAUAAUUUUUCAAAAAAGUUAUCCUCUACUCAUUUCUAACCUUUGGUGCCGCUUUACCUUGUGGUUAGAAUGUAAUUGAUAUAUUGACUCGACCUUGAGAUAAAUAAAAACUCAAGUAGCCACUUUAAGUAAACAAAAGAACAUGUUUGGAGGGGGGGGGGCAAUAAUUCCUCAAAUCUUUUUACGUUUUAUGUGACAUGUCAUUGUUAAGACUUUCAUGUUUUGAAAUUAAUGCCUUGUUGGUAUUAUAGAUUUUUAUGUUCAGAAUGCUUUUCUGUUACCAUUUUUUCCACACAUAGAAACUCAAUAAAAAUAUGUAUUUUAUAUACAUACAUGGAAGGCAAAGAGCCAUGAAUUUAUUAUAUACAGUUAACGUUACAUGUUAUGGAGCCUGUAAAUUAUAAAAAUAGCUUGUAUGUAAACUGGUAAGCAGUAUCUAAGAAACAGCUAGUGGAAUACUGUAUAUAGGUUUAUCCUAUGCCUUAUAUAGGCCUACAUAUGCUCUAUUUUUACCUCCAGAUCUAUUUAGCUUCUACUCCAAGGUAAUGCAUCAAUCCCUUUCUGGAAGUAUCACAAAUAAUUUUUUAUAUUUUGCAUUUCUCAUUUAAAUUAUUUAUUUUCCCAGUUGAAUUUCUGGCAGUUUUGUAAAUUGUCCAGAAUUCUUUUUUAUCAAAACAAUUAUUGUUUAGUUGUUUGUUUGUUUGUUAAUGUGUAUGUUGUUUUGUUUUCCUGUUACAUGUUAAUGGUAGAAGGGGACUGGAGCAUUUAUCUGGAUUUUUGCUAUUUUAGAUUUAACCUAUCUGCUUCCAUAUUCAGACAUAUGAUAUUGCUUUUUUUUACCAUAUGCCAUUGUAUAAUAUCAGUGUCCAGUAUGCCAAUGGGAAUUAUUGCUCAAAUUAUUAGUGAAAUUUGAGAGAAGUCUAAUUCUGUUCAAUCUUAGGUGAAGCUACCUAUGAGGCAGGUUAGGCAAAAAAAAAAUUUUCAUGUAUUUUUGUCUGUAUCUGAAAAUCAUAUUACAUAGUUAAUAUAACUCAAUAUCAUCUUUGGGUUAGGUUUUGCCUCACCUAUUUAAAUUUUCCUUGCCUAUUUUUAGAUCCUAAAAUUCAAUUUAAAAACAAUAUUGCAUG